CCUGUCACAUCAUGAGUGCGCCACCUACAGGAAGCCCAAAUACGGAUGUAACGGCGGCCUCCCAGGAGAUGGCGAUGCUGAGCAAUAUGUUGGCCGCUUACACAUUCGUUGCAGAUCAUCCAGAGAGGACUGGGUUGGUGUUCCUGGCUGGUGUCUGUGUUGGCCUCUUGGUCACCCUUUGCGCCAUUGUGUUCCAAAUACACUGUCGAACUGACUGUCACUAUGGUAACAGCCACCGCCCUCAACAUCCUCACCGUAGCAACAAGGCUCGGCCUCAGCAUCCGCCGCAGCAUCAGCUCCAGCAUCAGCUCCAGCAUCAGCACCAGCGUCAGCUUCAUGACUGUCCGAGGAACAGUAACCCAGACAACAUGACUCUCAUACCGGCGGGCGGGCAUGUCCCUAGUGGGGACAACCAAUCAGAGGACUGGGAGGACCCCGCAGACAUGUCGGCAAGGCAACGGAGACGCUUUGAGAGAGCCCUUUUGAGCACCAGGGUUUUUACUUCGGCAGAUGAUCUGGACAGAUCCCAACGCCUGGAGGAGAGAGAGAGGAUCCUGCGGGAGAUCUGGAUGAAUGGACAGCCAGACAUCCGCACCGUAACCCAGAGCCUCAACAGAUACUACUGACCCGACCCCACUGUCUGACACACUCCGCACACCCUCUGCAACGGCCUGCUCCAAUAGACUAUGUGUCCAGAAAAGGAAAACAGAGGAAAACGAAAGGAAAUGCAAUGGAAUUAAAGGGAAGGGGAGGGACGGGCGUUGUCUCAUUAUUUCACGGUGCUUUGGUUGGGCUUUAAGUCAGUUGGAAUUGUGUUUCAACUUGUGUUGUCAAUAGAAUAUCCCUACAAAGUACUCAUGUUUACCGAUGACUUUACAGUUGUGGUAGUCCCAAAAACAAUACAUUACACAGAACUAAGGAAAGUAGCCCACGACCACAGAACCGAUCCUUCAAUGGACAAUGUUAAACCAAGGACAUAUUAACUGUACAACUUAUUUUCUAUCUCCAGGCUUUGUCAGAAGCCUCUGUUGUUUAUAACAUUGAGUGCAAUUGUUGAUUAUAAUAAAUACA